AUGGCCAACGAGAACGUUCUACAGCAGAUACCCCUCGUGUUUGGUGUCUCAGACAUGCGUGGACCGACGGAGCUGAUAGACGAGAAGGCAUGA